AUGACGACGGUAAAAAGCAAAUCGUGUUGCGUUCAAGAUUGCACAACAACAGGCGUAACGACUUGUAUGGGAUGUCCACAGAUGAUUUAUUGCUAUGAACACUACUUACAACAUCGUGAAGAUCUCAAUGGACAAUUGGAAAUACUUGCAAAUGAGAGGAAUGCUCUUAUGCAUAAAAUAGAACAGCAAAAAGCUGAACCUCAACAACAUGCUUUGAUGAAAAAAAUUGACGAAUGGGAACUUGAUUCGAUCGCUAAAAUUCAACAAGUGGCAAAAGAAGCCAAACAAACAUUACUGCCACAUGUUGCUAAGUUCUUUCCGAGAGUGGAGCAGCGAUUGAAUCCAUUAACGAAUGAACUUCGACGGAAACCUAACAAGAAUGACUUUGUCGACACAGACAUAACGAAAUGGAAACAGGAACUAGGACAAUUAAAGACGUUACUUGACAAUCCACCUGAUGUUAAAGUGGAAGAAGGUUCCACACCACUUGUGACAAAAAUUCAAGUAGAAAUAAUCCCACGUAAGUCUGUUCAUUAA